AUGAGCCGCAUCUUCGUGGGGCUCGAGACGUCCUUCGUCCAUGACCUGCCGGCGACGCUCGACAAGGUCUAUGGGGACGAGAUGAACGGCGUCGUGGCGCCGCUCUUCCACCCUCGCUUCAAGCGUGACGACCGUGAGCUCUCGGACACCCGUGACGGCCCCCAAGCCCGCUCGGAUCUGGUCAUGGACUCGCGCGGCUGGACGGCGUCGGUGGUGGGCAACAUCUCCAAGUGGAUGGACCUGGAUGCGCUCACGCUGGACGGGCGCCUGAGCGCUGAGAAGGUCUUCAAGCAGGAGGUAGCCUGGGCCUCGCACCUCUCGGUGCCGGCUGUGAUGCUGCCGACUCCGCAUCACGCUCACGCCUCGGCCAACUACGCGCGCGUGCUGAACCAGUCGCUCACGCAGGCGCAGUAUCUGCAGUUCUGGGUGCGCAUCCCGCUGACGCCCAAGCAGCGAUCCAAUGCCAAGGACCCGAUGGAGCUGGUCGCGGUGGCUGGACUGCGUGCCGCUGCCAUGAUGGAGACAGACGAGGACGAGGACGAGGCUCGCACGGACCCGUGGGAACUCUGGGACUCGCUGCGUGCUCGCUGUGAGUAUCACCCGAAGCUACACGUGGCGAUAGAGAUCACGGCAGAUCUGCCUAGUGCCGAGGAGAUCCAACGCUGGCUUGGCGAGCCCGUGAAGGCGGCCAUCAUUCCGACGGACAUCUUCCUGACUAACCGAAAGGGCUACCCAGCGCUUUCGCAGCGACACCAGAAGCUGAUGGCGCAGCUCUUCCAGCACAAUGUCCAGUUCUACUUGUGCGGGCGACCACGUCACCGUGGCAAGAUGUUGCCGUAUGUGCAGUAUCUGCACUUCCUCUACAGCAAGCGUCCGAGCCAGGACCGCAAGGCGCAGUUCGAAGCACCGUAUCUGGACUACCUUCAGGCCCCCCUGCAGCCCCUUAUGGACAAUUUGGAGUCACAGACGUACGAAACAUUUGAGCAGGACGCCUUCAAGUACAACCAGUACGAGAAGGCCAUCACAAAGGCGCUCGAGCAAACUCCCGAGGACAAGGAGUCUGUUGUUAUGGUCGUUGGCGCCGGUCGAGGACCCCUCGUGCGCUGCGCUCUUCGCGCUGCUACUAUUGCGAACCGUAAGACGCGUAUGUUUGCUGUGGAGAAGAACCCGAACGCAGUUAUUACACUGCGCAACCUUAAGAUUUCGGAGAAGUGGGACAACGUCACGAUCAUCGCGUCGGAUAUGCGCAACUGGCGCACGGAGGAGCGCGCCGACAUUAUGGUGAGCGAGCUGCUGGGAUCGUUUGGUGACAACGAGCUGUCCCCUGAAUGUUUAGAUGGCGCCCAAGACUUUUUGCAUGAAAACGGCAUUAGCAUCCCACGCGAGUACACAUCGUUCGUGGCGCCUGUGAUGUCCUCGAAGCUUUGGAAUGAAGUGAAGGUGCACGACUCGCUGAAGAGUUUCGAGACCCCGUACGUUGUGAGACUGCACAACUUUUACGCGUUGGCUCCCACGCAGCGCUGCUUUCAGUUCACGCACCCGAAAUUCAACGCGAGGAUCGACAACAGGAGACAGGCAGAGCUUCGCUUUACCGCUGCUGAGAGCGCUGUCGUCCAUGGACUGGCGGGCUACUUCGACUCUGUGCUGUUUGGUGACGUCACGCUGAGCAUCGAGCCGGACACGCAUUCGGAUGGCAUGUUCAGUUGGUUCCCCAUUUACUUCCCGCUGCGCGAGCCCCUCCGUUUCCAGAAGGGCGAAGAGGUCGUGGUGAACUUCUGGCGACUUGAGUCCAACAACCGUGUUUGGUACGAGUGGUCUGUGUCUUCGGGCGAUGGUAAGCGCCACGUGCCCAUCCACAAUCCGAACGGCCGGUCCUACUGGAUUGGACUUUAA